GGCUUGUCAAUGAGGCAGAUUAGAUUCAGAUUUGAUGGACAACCAAUUAAUGAGACAGACACACCUGCACAGCUGGAGAUGGAAGAUGAAGACACUAUCGAUGUGUUUCAACAGCAGACAGGUGGAGUGUGUUAA